AUGAACGAGGAGGAACUGAAUGGGCUUCUCCAGACAAGAACCAGCCAAAAAGAGCUAGCGCGCAUAAAAACACAGAUUGAAAUAAAAAAGAAAAGGCUGAGCGAGUUGGCGAAAGAGCUGGAAAAAGACCAAAAGACAGUCGAGCUGUCCAUGUACUAUCUGCUGCUCAAAAGAGAGACAGAAAGGCUGACGAGAAUAGUAAAGAUAUUGGAGAGAGAGAAAAAGAAAGAGGCCGAGCACGUUUGGAUAAAAGAAGGAAAAACAAAGGAAGCCUCGGAAUAUCUGCACAAGUUCAGAGAAAUUACAAAUAGGUACUACAACAACUUUCCUCUGCUGAACUUCACGCACAGAGAAGUGCCAAUUGAGUACUACGUCCAUGCUCUCGCCAUGGAAGAGUGCGGGGUCAUAGAGAUGGGAGACAGUCUAGUGGAAACAACGAAAGGAUCCCUGUACUUUGUAAGAAAAAAAGAAAUCAUCCACCUGCUGCACAACGAAUCCAUGAAAAUAGUAAAGACCGACAGUAGACAGGCGAAAAAUUAA